UCGUGACUUCCCCGUCAGUGCUGCGAAUCCACGCAGCUUCAGCGUUUCUUCGUAUUUUUAGAUUAUUUUUUAUAUAUAUUUGGAAUAUACGGAAUGCUUUACAAUGGAACGAGACGAGCAGGUGAAACAUCUGCGUUCCACUACGGACUGUGGAGAGAGAUUGAGACACACCGAGACCCGUUGCAUGUCAUCUUUGGAAGCAAGAUGGCGACGUUCACGUUCAUUUCGAGGAGUCAAGGACCUAAGGGGUGGAGCUCUGCGAGGCUCGCGUGCUGUGCUGCUGUCCCUGUGCAGCUCAAGUCCCGCACUGGAGCGUAUGGUGCCUGUGAAGUGCUGUUCUGCGGUGCCCAGGUGGAAUUUUAUGCUUCAUCGACGGAUCUAAUGCAAAGGAAGUAUGGCUAUGAUGCCAUUGGUUCCCGCUGCACUCUUCUGGACUAUGGUUUUGGUUCUUGGUUUGGUUUCUGCGUUUAAAGAUCAGAAAAACAUCACAGCUGAGUCUGGACAGAACGUCACUCUGACAUGUCGAGCUGCAAAAAACAACAUCAUAGUUUUAGAGUGGAGCAGAGCUGACCUGGGAAGACAAUAUGUCUUUUUGCACCGGGAUGGUCUGUUUGUUCCCGAUGACCAGCAUCCAUCUUUUGUGAACCGGGUGGAUCUGCAGGACAGAGAGAUGAAGGAUGGAGACGUGUCUUUGAUUCUGAAGAAUGUGACGAUUAAUGACGCUGGAAUAUACGAGUGUCGUGUCAUUCAGAGAAAAACAAACCGCAGGAAGAGAGCUUAUCUGAAGACUCCCCCCAUCAGCAGCAUAAACUUGAGUGUUGUUGAUCCUCCAGGUGAGUGA